AUGGCCAGCACAACAAACGCCACCAAGAAGCACAAGGUGACCGUGGUCGGCUCCGGCAACUGGGGCUCCACGAUUGCCAAGAUUGUCGCCGAGAACACGGCCGAGCACCCGGAUCUCUUUGAGAAGGAGGUCCAGAUGUGGGUGUUUGAGGAGGAUGUCGUGGUCCCCCAGGACUAUCACCUGCGCGAGGCCGUCCGCGCCGACGGCCAGCCCCAGAAGCUCACGGAGCUCAUCAACACCUACCACGAAAACGUCAAGUACCUGCCCGACAUCCACCUGCCCGACAACGUCGUCGCCAACCCGUCGCUGCUCGACGCCGUCCAAGGCUCGACCGUCCUGGUCUUCAACCUGCCCCACCAGUUCAUCGGCAACGUGUGCAAGCAGAUCAAGGGCAAGAUCUUGCCGUACGCGCGCGGCGUCUCGUGCAUCAAGGGCGUCAAUGUCAGCGACGACGGCAUCUCGCUCUUCUCCGAGUGGAUCGGCGAUGCCCUGGGCAUCUACUGCGGCUCGCUGUCCGGCGCCAACCUGGCCUCGGAGAUUGCCCUCGAGAAGUGGAGCGAGACCACCAUUGCCUACGACCCGCCGCCGGUCGACUACUCCAAGAACCCGGCGUCGCGCGACCGGUCACCCAAUGGUGGUGUCGGCGGCGGCGGCGGCGUGGCCGGCUCGAACCGGGCGUCGGACCAGAGCAGCGGCGAGGUGUCGCCCGCCGAGGCUGUCGCGCAGGACAUCCGCCACCGCGACGCCCGUGGCCAGGCCAGCAAGACGAAGCUGGCGCCGCUGCCGGCCGACUACCCGCCGCUCGACCACAACACGCUGUCCGCGCUCUUCCACCGCCCCUACUUCCACGUCAGCACCGUCACCGACGUGGCGGGUGUGUCGCUGAGCGGCGCGCUCAAGAACAUUGUGGCGCUGGCGGCCGGCUUCGUCGACGGCCGCGGCUGGGGCGACAACGCCAAGGCCGCCGUGAUGCGUCUCGGCCUGAUGGAGAUGGUGCAGUUUGGCAAGGAGUUUUUCGGCGAGACCGUGCACACGGCCACGUUCACCGAGGAGAGCGCAGGCGUGGCGGAUCUGAUCACGUCGUGCUCGGGCGGCCGCAACUUUCGGUGUGCCAAGCUGUCGGUGGAGCGGGGCGUGUCCGUCGAGGAGGUCGAGCGGACCGAGCUCAACGGGCAGAAGCUGCAGGGCACGACGACGGCCAAGGAGGUGAACAGCUUCCUCAAGGCGCGGGGGCUGGAGAGCAAGUAUCCGUUGUUUACCGCAGUGGAUGGCAUCCUGGCCGGCAAGCACAAGGUCGACGACAUCCCCCGGUUGGUGGCGCGGUCGGCACACGACUAUGAGCGCUAG